GGAAAAUGCUUUAGAAGAUAAAGCGUCACUCCACUGGAAAAGUGAAAAUAAUACGAUUUCUGAAGUGAAUGGGACGAAAGUGUUCAGUUACGAUCGUGUGUUUCACUCAAGUGACAGCACUCAGCAGUUAUAUGAAGGUGUAGCUGUUCCAAUCAUACAGUCAGCUGUGCAAGGUUAUAAUGGCACAAUUUUCGCUUAUGGACAGACAGCUUCAGGGAAGACAUACACAAUGAUGGGAAAUGAAGAUUCUGUAGGCAUUAUCCCUAAGGCAAUUCAGCAUGUUUUCAAAGUUAUCUGUGAGAUUCCAGAUAGGGAGUUCUUGCUAAGAGUUUCUUACAUGGAAAUCUACAAUGAAACCAUUACGGAUUUGCUUUGUGAUAAAAGGAAAAAGAAGCCUCUGGGAAUUCGUGAGGAUGUUGGUAGGAAUACAUAUGUAGAAGAUCUCAUUGAAGAGGUGGUGGUUGCCCCGGAGCAAGUAAUGGAAUGGAUCAGAAAAGGAGAAAAAAAUCGCCAUUACGGAGAAACAAAAAUGAAUGAACACAGCAGCCGUUCUCACACAAUCUUCAGAAUGAUCAUCGAAAGUAGAGAACGAAGUGACCUUGCAAAUACGAAUUGUGAUGGAGCAGUGAUGGUAUCCCACUUGAAUUUGGUAGAUCUGGCAGGCAGUGAAAGAGCUAGCCAAACAGGAUCUGAAGGUGUCCGACUGAAAGAAGGCUGCAAUAUAAACCGGAGCUUGUUCAUUCUGGGCCAGGUUAUCAAAAAACUUUGUGAUGACCCUUCUGGCUUCAUAAAUUACAGAGACAGCAAGCUGACUCGAAUUUUGCAGAACUCCCUUGGAGGAAAUGCUAAGACGGUCAUUAUUUGUACAAUAACUCCUGUUUCUUUCGAUGAAACUCUCAGUACUCUUCAGUUUGCCAAUACAGCCAAAAGAAUGAAGAAUACUCCAAAAGUCAAUGAAGUACUUGAUGAUGAUGCCCUCCUGAAGAGAUAUCGCAAAGAAAUUCUGGAUUUGAAAAAGCAGCUGGAGGAAGUGUCUUCGAGGACUCAAAUUCAUGCAAUGGAAAAAGACCAAUUGGCCCAGCUGUUGGAAGAAAAAAAUUCUCUUCAAAAAGUGCAGGAAGAUAGGAUAAGAAACUUAACUGAGAUGCUGGUGACUUCUGCCUCUUUUUCCUCAAAACAGAAUGCUAAAGCCAAGAGAAAGAGAAGAGUUACUUGGGCUCCUGGUAAAAUAAACCAGGCAAAUGUGAGCUAUUUUGAAGACUUCGAAAAACCAAGGCUGAGUGAAACAAAAAAACUUAAAGUGUCUUUGUCAUCACUACCAGAUAUGGAGGAUUCUUUGUUAGAGAAUUCUGUACAUGACAACCAGUGUCUAAUGGUUCCUGAUCAAAUUUCAGACAUAGAAUGGACUGCUGGACCUAAUGUGGAUUGGACUCAGAGGCAUUUUGAAGAAUCUGUAGAACUCUGUGAAGCAUUAGCGCUAGAAAAGGAUGUUGCUUUAAAUGAGAUCAAUGUACUGCAAGCUAAUUUUAACAACCUAGUAUUGGAAAAUGAGCAGUUGAAAUCAGAAAUAAAUGAAUUGAAGGAGAAACUCAAUGAAAAAGUAGAAUUGGAUGAAUUUGAAGCACUGGAAAACCAAACACUAAAAGUUCAUGAGGCAGAAAUGAAGUCCAAAUUGGAACUGCUGAAAGAGAAAGAGAAUAAAAUAAAUGCAUUACAAAAAUGUGUGGAAGAAUUACAAAAAGCAGGAGCAGAAAAGGACACAUCUUUUUCAGUGGGAGAUUCUGAUAAGCUAAUUGAGGAAAUUCAGCAGCUGAAUAAAUCUCUCUUAGAUAGCGAAAGCAUAGCCUUGGAUGCCAAAAAAGAAUCUGCUUUUCUCAGAACUGAAAACUUGGAGCUGAAGGAAAAGAUGAAUGAACUUUCAAAGAAUUACAAGCAAAUGCAGAAGGAUGUUGAAGUCUAUCAAAGCCAAAUAGAAGCAGGAAAAGCCAGCUACAGAAAAAUGCAAGCUGACUUGCAGAAAGAGUUGCAGUCUGUAUUUCAAGAAAACACCAGGCUAACUUUGUUGAUGGAGGGUAAAGUUCCAAAAGAUCUGUGCUCUCUUGAGGAGCUGGAAAAAAAGGCAGCUGACUUAAAAGGAGAACUAGAAAAAGCAUUGAAAGAGAACGCACUUUUACAAAAACAAGUGAAUGAGCUAUCAGAAUUUCAGUCUCUACCAAAUACUAUUGAGAUACAGCAGAAAGAGAUUCUUGAGAAAUGUGAGGAGCUAAACUUACUAAAAUCAGAAAGAGAAAAGCUGCUUUCUGAAGUAGCUGAUAAUGAAAUUAGACUUAAACAUAUGACUGAAGAAAUUGGAAAAUCAAAAGAUGAUCUAGCAGCUGCACAACUUAAAUAUGCGAAGUCUGAUCAGGAAUAUAUAGCACUUAAACAGCUCCAUGAAGAACUAGAGCAAAAAUACAUAGCUGCAUCAGAAAACAAUAAACACAUGAAGCUCCAAAUAGAUACUCUAUCUAAAGAAGCACAAGAGUCUAAAGCAGUUUUGGAUGAAGUGAAAUUAGAGCUCUGUAGCAAAGUGAAAGAACUGGAAGAAAGGACAGCAGAGCACAAACAACUUCUUGAGGUAAGAGAAGAUUACAUUCAGACUCAGCAGAAGUUGAAUGAAAUGAAGCAAUUAAAAAAGCAAGAAAAGACUAUGGAAUUGAAACUGGAAGCCAAGGAUUCAGAGAUCCAGGCAGUUCUUCAGCAGCUUACUGAAUGUCAGGAAGAAAUAAAACUGUUAACCCAGGAAAGAGAUGACCUGAAGCAAAAAGAGGAAUCUCUCCAAGCUGAGACACACCAACUCAAAGAGGAUAUCAAGGAUACUGUUUCGAUGAACAUUCUGGCACAUGAAGAACUGAGAAAUACUCAGAGCAUUCUCAAGCAAUCCCAGGACACUGUCAAGAAUCUGGAAAAAGCUAUUUCUGAAAAACAGUCUCAAAUUCUGAGUGUUGAAGAGGCACUAGGGAAAACCAUUAAAGAACUUGAAAUACAGAUAUCACAAAUGACAGAAGAAAUAAAAAUCAUCACAUCAGAGAGAGACCAGCUUGCUGAGGAAAAGUUGGUAAAUAACCGUAGAGAAAGUGAUGAGCUUCAGGUGCAAAAGGAACAAAUACUUGUCCUUACACAAGAGAACAAUUCAUUGCGGGAUAAACUGGACAGUUUACAUCUGAAACAAGAAGGGGAAGGAACUUCGAUACCACAGAUUCAAGAAAAAUCUAUUGAGCAAGAAUUGUUUCUUCUGAGAGAAGAGCUGAGCCAGACACAAAAGAAACUGCAUGAAAUGGAGGAGGCGAAGGCCAAUGAAUAUCCAAGAGAAUCCAAACAAAUGGGGGAAACAAAUUUGACUCCAAAACUGCAUGAGUGUCAGGAAGUGAGCAUUCUAUCAGAAAGAGAGAAUCUUAAAAUGCAACUGGAGAAUCUCCAAAAUGAGAGAGACCAACUAAGAGAAACUAUACAGCAGACAACUAGUAUGAAUUCGGAGAUGAGGGAAGAAUUGAUAUGUGCUCAAAACUCUCUUGUGGAGCUGAAGGAGAGUCUUUCAGAGAAAGAAAAUCAACUCUUGAAAGCACAAGAGAUGUUGAAGGAAACAACUGAUGAACUCCAGCAGAAGCUCACUGAAGUAACUGGACACCUGACUAGUGUUUCUUCUGAAUAUGGCAAGCUACAGGCAGAAAAAGAACAAAUUGAAAGAACAAUGAAUGAACAUUUCUGUCAGCAGCUUGAGAAGAUCAAUCAGGAGAAAGAUGAUCUGCAGAAAAUAGUGGAGACUUGUAAAGCAGAAAGAGAUAAGUUAAAAGCUGACUGUCAGGAAAGCAAGGAGAGAGUAUGUAUAAAAUCUCUUAAUAGAAUAACGUUUCAAAGGCAGAUUAUUGAAACUGAAAAAGAAUUGAAGUGGCAGCAAGAACUCCUCAGCAAUGAGAAGAUCAAAGCUGAAGAAAGGGAAGAACAUCUGUCAAAGGUUCAGAGGCGGUCAGAGAUUGUGGAGGACUGCCUAACAAGCAAGCUUCAACAGUUAACUGAGAUGCUAAAUAGCGUAUCAUGUGAAAAAGACCAGUUAUUGGCUGAAAGGACUAGUCACUCUUCCCAACUUAAAGAGGAAAUCUCAGUAAUUAAUCAAGAAAAAGAUGAGCUACAAAAACUUCUCCAGGAUGUCAGGUCUGAGCGGGACCAGCUCAAGGAAGAAUUGCAAAAAAAUUCUGAGAAGUGGGCUGAAACAAAUGCAAAACUGGAAUGUACUCUAGACCAACUGAAGCAGAGAAACCUGAAUGAUAUGUCCAUUCAGGUGAGCCUGGAUAAUGCAGAAGAGAUGGUUGAUGACAGACUGAAGGAAACUAACUUCAAAAUUAUGGAACUUCUUGAGAAAUUCCCAGCUAUGGGGCAGAGGUAUGAACGUCUCUCUACAGUGUCACUUAAUCUAAAGAAUGAACUGAACAGUCAGAAGGCAGUGAUAGCUGUGAUAGAGACUCAGCUUUCAUCGGAGCAGAGUAAACAAGUCAAGAUACUUCAAACUAUAAACGAGAAAAUAAACAGAAAUCUCCAGAGUUUAUUGAACAAACUGAAGUUUCUGUUUAGUCGUGUUUGCUCAAAGAAAAGAGACUAUUAUGCUACUGUUAAUAAAUAUGAAAUGGAAUUGCUAGAGGAAAAGAGAAAACAAGAUCAGCUACGAGCUCAGAUUCAGCACCUAAGAAAGAUCUAUUUCAACCAGAAUGAAGUGUCUUCUCAAGAGUUAAACACCAGUGAAAUGCUGCAGAGUUUGCACUUGGAGGCAGAGAGCAUUCUCAAGGAUGUAUCAGAAAUGGAAAGUGAACUUCUAUGCAUAGAGGCAGAGUUACAGCAGGAAGAAAGUGCUAGAACAGAAACUACACAGUUUUGGGAAGCUUGUUCAGGAGCUCACUGUGAUGCUGAGGAACUUAAAGAGGAGUUAAGGAAAGAUAAUGAAAGGCUCUCGCAAGUCAUUAACUUCUGGAAUCCUAAAGUAAAAAUACUCCUUCAACUUUCAUCAGAGCUGGAUGCCAGAACUGCCAAUUUUUGUCAAAAUGCUGAUGUUGAAUCAAAACAGAGAAAAGAGAAAAGUGAAGAACUGCUUCAGGAACUUAACACUCUUAAAGAACAACUGGCCCCUGGUGGCUCUGCCAGUCAUGUGUCAGAAGAAGAAAACUACAGGCUUCAUAACAAACUGCGGGCAGCAGAACAAGAUGUGAAGGCUAUGGAAGUAAAAAUUCAGGAAUUGGAAAAUGUAAUAAAAGAAGUAGGAAAAAAUCUUGAAGAGAAAGAUGACACUAUAAACAAGUUACAAGCACAGAUAAGAAUUAAAAUUGAGACAAGUGAGCUUACCCAACUGCAAGACAAACUGAAUGAGAUGGAGAAGUCCCUCAAAACUGCCUUGACAGAGAAUCAGGGUCUUCAGGCAAAAUUAGAUAAAGGUGCUGAGUUGUAUAAAGACGAAAUUGAUAAUCUCAAAACACAGUUGGUAAAAUGUGAUAUGGAAAGAAUGAAACAAUCCAAAUCUUUUGAUACAAAACUUGCUAAUUAUAAAGCUCUUGCAGAACACCAAGAACAGCAGUUAACAAAGCUCAAAGAAGAACUUAGAAGAGCGCAUCAAGAGCAUGAUGUUACUGUGGUGCCAGAAAAAGAAGCUCCUCAGCAAUCCCAAAUGCCUAUUACUUGUGGUGGUGGCAGUGGUAUUGUGCAGAGCACACAAAUACUUAUUCUAAAAUCUGAACGUGUGAGACUACAGAAAGAGAACUCGCACCUGAAGAACCAACUUGACAUUCUACAAAGUAAUGAGCUUCAACUGAAAGAUGAAGUUAGGAAAUGGAAAGAAAGAGCCCUAAAAAAGAAAGAAAGACUCUCGAGAGAAAAUGCUCGAGAGAUGAUACCAAGUUCCCCAAGGAAGACAGUGUCAUAUUCCCUUAAAGAGGAAAUGCCCUCACCUGCAAAGGAACCUGUUUCUCAGGAGGCUGUGACUCAGGACGUAGUGAAGUCUCUGCCACCAUCUUCUGUAACAAAUUUCUUUGAUAAUUCCAGCUUGGGUACACUUACAGAUACACAGCCUGUGGGAACAGAGCCCACAGAAGAACAUCUUAAGCAGUGGUUUGGAACUUCAGAGAAAGACAAAGCCCCUGACUGUAUCACCCAAUAA